UUGUUAUUGUGAUUGAUGUCAUUGUUAAGAUAUAUUUGAUAUAUUUUAACAAAGGGCAUAUAAAAGCCAUGUAUACUGAUGGAGUUAAUCUAUAAUGUGUUUAGUUUUCCUUUUACAAUAAAAAUAAAUAAUACCUUUCUGAGAUUUUAGUGAAGCUGAUUGCAUUAAUUUACCAUUCAAAAUGGGUGUCAAACAUUUAUGGGACAUCAUAGAUGAAGCAAAGUCUCGCGAAACUUUAGAUUGUCUGCGUGGUAAAGUAUUAUGUGUGGACCUUAGUAUCUGGAUUGUUGAAGCUAUCAAAACAUUGCAAUUCAAGAGUUCUAUAUUGAAGCCACACCUCCGCAAUAUGUUUUUCAGAAUACUUUGUUUGCGAAGAUUGGGUGUAAAAUUGUUAUUUGUUACCGAAGGAGAUGCACCUGAAUUGAAACAAGAAACCAUGAAAAGGAGAAAUGAAAUCCGUUAUGGUGUUAAAUCGACUACAAAGUCUAAAGUAGGUCGUUCUCGAUUUCAGAGAACAAUAAAUGAGUGCUGUCGUUUAUUGGAUAUACUGGGCAUUCCUUAUGUGCGAGCUGCUGGUGAAGCAGAAGCAAUGUGUGCUGUAUUGAAUAAACAUGGACUUGUAGAUGGGUGUUUUACAAAUGAUGGUGAUUUCUUUUUAUAUGGUGGACAAGUGGUUUAUCGUGAUUUGGGUAUAGAUCCAAAAGACCCCCAUGUUUUAAAAUACACUCUCAAAGCAAUUAAAUCUCGCACACGUUUAAGUCAAAACGACAUGAUUGGAUUGGCUUUGAUUAAUGGUUGUGAUUAUACGAAAGGUAUAGCUGGUGUUGGAAAAAUAACUAUUACAAAGUUUCUUGAAGAAAAGUCUUUCUCAGAUGAUUUAAUUCAAAGAUUUAGGAAUUGGUAUAGAAAUGACUUCUUUCAAGAAGCUAAAGAUGUUGGAAGAAAUGAGCUUGUAAUUGCAAGAAAAGCUCUGAAAACAGAGAAUUUCUUCAAUCAAAAGAUCAUUGAUGAAUACUUAAUAGAAAAAGACGCUUUGGACGGUGUCAAAAAGAAAUUGAGAUGGAAGUACCCUGAUAUAAAAUCCCUUCAGCAAUUUUUAUUGGACAAUUUGGAAUGGCCAUUUGAAUAUACCCUGCCCAAGGCAUUACAACUUGCAACAAGUACGUAUUUAGAGAAACUUGCUGAUUCAACUUUUUUUGAUGUACCUAUAUCUCCUUCACAUGUGAUGAAGACAAGAUGUCAACAAGGUGUUUCUCUUGUUGAAAUCGAAUGGAAGAUGGAUGUAAACGAAAAUCUGACGUACAGCAAAAAGUGGGAGAAUUGUCCAGAAUCCUUUGUUACCUUGGAAAAUCAACAGGUAGUGGUGAAAAUGUUACCUGGUAUGGUGGAAGAUUACGUUGAAAAGAAAAAGGAAAAAGGUACAAAAAAGACGAGGAAAGACAAAACUGGUAAACCCACUAAGAAUUCAGACAAACGAGACCAGGAAAUAUUAUCUGAAGAAGCGAGACGUUCGGACGAUGUAGAUGAACUGUGUGAUCGAUUGAAAACCCUAGCACCACACGAAGUCUGUAAAGACGUUUCACUUGAAUGCAGUUGUAGUGACGAUUCUGAGAGUGAUGUGGUCUUGCCGUUAAGUGAAAGACUUUCUAAGAAAGCUGUUUCAGACGUAACGAGCAAAACGAUAAAGAAACGUGAACCGAAAAAAAUUCAAGCAGGUGGAUACGUCAGAAACUUACGAGAGGGUGUUACUGAAAAUAUUUGUGAAAAUAAGGUAAACAUAGAAAGUCUUGGAAGAGAUGAAAUUGGUUUAAAGCAAAGCUUAAAACCUCGAAAAGAAGAUAAAGACGUUUUUAAUAAAGAAUUAACCACGAGAGAGUGCGUCACAAAAUGUAUAAUACAACCCGCUGAGGAGAACAGUCCGAGCCAAGUUAAAAAACAUACCAAUGAACACAAUUCAAUCAUUGCGAAUUUGGCAGCACUUCAUAUCAAGGAAACGCCGACAAAAGUAAAUAAAAACGGAACGCUACUUAAAAUGCUGUCGACUCCUUUAUGCUUUGACGUGGACACACCUCCCGUCGAAAGUACGCCGUGCGCAAACUUAUUACAAUCUAGCGUAAGUGUGAAAAAGAAAAUCUUGUCUGCGUUUAAAGAUAUUACGAACUUCUCAGAGCUUGGUGAUUCGAUUUUAUGUGAUUCACUCGAACUGUGCGUGAAUGACGAAACAUCGAGUAUUGAAACGUUUAAACAGAACCAGCCAAUAGAGAGUGGUUUGGUACAUGAAAGUUUUGUUUGUGGCGAAGUCGAUGACUCGCCUGAAAAUAGUCCAAUGUGUUUAGCUGAUAGGUUGAAGUUGAAGCAAGCUUUUGUACGCAGCUAGGUUACCAUUGAUUACGAUAUUGAAAAGCUUAACUCGGUUCAAUUCACAUUUUUGAAUUCACAACAAGUGGAGCCAUCAGCGAUUUUAGUGAUUUUAUCACUAUCAGCGAUUUUAGUGAUUUUAGUGAUAAAAUCAGUGAAGUCUAGGCAAAAUUUAAGUAUCUCUCAUACACUUCCUUGGUUUGAUUUCAGGAAUUAAAACUAUUUAUGUUUUUAUAUGCUCAUAUUUUAGGAAUAAAUCAGAACAGAACUCUAA